GCAGCACACGCUUCAUAUCAGGCUGAGCAGCGAUGAGAGGCGGGCAGAUGUGAGACAGCAGCCGCAGGAAUGAGCGACAGAUCCGAUGCGAGAGGGCCCGUGUCCCGCCGGAGGAGGACCACCAUCUCCGGGGCUGCUGCUGCUGCUGCUGCUGCUGCCGGCGGAGGAGCGGGGGCGACGGGGAGGCAAGCCGGCGGCAGCCAGGUGCACGACGCGGGGGACAAACCUCCACAGCAUCCGGCUAGAUCUGAACCAAGGGACGAGGUGCAGGGACAUGCGGGGGACAGCAGAGACGUGUCCGGGCAGCACAGUCCGAGGAAAGAGACGAGUGCAGUGGAAGACAUCAACCAGAGACUCAGCUGUCACGUCCUGCAGGAGUCUCUCUUGAGCUCGGCCAGUGGCUACAGCAACUACAGGGGAAUCCUCAACUGGUGUGUGGUCAUGCUGAUACUGAGUAAUGCACGUCUCUUCUUGGAGAACAUUAUAAAGUAUGGCAUCUUGGUCGACCCUAUCCAGGUGGUGUCUCUCUUCUUAAAGGACCCCUAUAGCUGGCCAGCAGCUUGCCUGAUCAUUGCAUCAAAUGUGUUCAUCCUAGCCACCCUGUACACAGAGAGACGUCUGGCUGUGGGCACCAUCUCCAAAACAACAGGACUGAUCUUUCACGUUAUUAACCUGAGUUCUUUGUUGAUCGUCCCUUCAGCCACAGUGCUCUCCUUGACCUCCAUCACCCCAGUGGGUGGCGUCCUGUCCCUAGGUGUUUACACAACGCUGUUACUCAAGCUGUACUCCUACCAAGACACCAACAGGUGGUGUAGAGAAAUCAGACAAGCCAAAGCCAAAAGAAUGACCCGAUCCUACUCAUGUCCGUCUGUGGCUCAGUCCAAUGGUUCAGCCGUUCACACCCAUGUCUCCUACCCAGGCAACCUCACCCACAGAGACAUGUACUACUUUGUGUUUGCCCCGACUCUCUGCUACCAGCUCAACUUCCCACGGUCACCACGAAUACGUAAGAGGUUCCUGUUGAGGAGACUUUUUGAAAUGCUUUUCUUCAUGCAGCUGUUGGUGGGAUUGAUACAGCAGUGGAUGGUUCCCACUAUACAGAACUCAAUGAAGCCAUUCCAGGAGAUGGACUUUUCUCGGAUGGUGGAGCGCCUGCUGAAAUUAGCAGUCCCUAACCAUCUGAUAUGGUUAAUAUUCUUCUACUGGUUUUUCCACUCAUCUAUGAACUUUGUGGCAGAGCUGAUGCAGUUUGGAGACAGAGAGUUCUACAGGGACUGGUGGAACUCGGAGACUGUCACAUACUUCUGGUCCAACUGGAACAUCCCAGUACACAAGUGGUGUCUCAGACACUUCUAUAAGCCAAUGUUGAGGAAGGGGGUCAACAAGUUUAUGGCUCAAGCCGCAGUCUUCCUGGUAUCAGCCUUCUUCCACGAGUACCUGAUGAGUGUUCCUCUGAAGAUGUUCAGACUCUGGGCCUUUAUGGGAAUGAUGGCUCAGGUUCCUCUGGCUUGGUUUGUGAGUCGCUUCCUAAAUGGGAUCUAUGGAAACGCGGCCGUGUGGAUCUCCCUCAUCAUUGGCCAGCCUGUCGCUGUGCUGAUGUAUGUCCAUGACUACUACGUCAUUCAUUACGGCAGCAGCACAUAGUACUGGAUCCAUGCACACAUGCUCUGCUAAGCUUUGGUGCGACAACGUGGUGGUCAGCCUCCAGUGUUAAUAAACCCACCAUCACGACAAGCUCUCAUCAGGAUGUUCAAACUUUGAACUUAAAGUGAAGAAACAUUUGUAUUUCUGUUAUUGGAAUUGAUCCCACCUAUGAUUUUUUCAAAACAGAAGCAAAUGUGUUUUUCUACGUUUUCCCCAAGUGGCAGAUAUUGGUGGUCGACGAUGCAGGUUAGUGGAAUGAACCUGUCCUGCCUUGGCUUUUAACAAUGACUACAGUCAGAGUUUUUACAUAAAAUCUGUGUAUAUAUAUGUGCAAAUAUGUAUAUAUAUACACACAUACACACACACACACACACACAAACAUCCCGCUCUUCGAUCCAAAGCAGUCGUCAAUUAUCACAGAUAUUUAUAUUGAAAAGAUUUGCAAGAAAAUGUGAAGAAAGGACCCAUCACCAAAAAAAAGGUUUAUAAAAGGUUUUUGUGUAACAUGCUACAUGUGUUAUACACCUUGGCAUGAUCGGAUUUUAUGUGCCAAAUAUUUUAUUUUAUACUUUGUAUGAUUUUAUUUGUUGAUGCGACUGCAGUUGUAUUGUGUCAUCUUCAACUUAUUAUUUGUCUUUUGUUAAAUGUGAUUUAUGCAGUUUUGAUUUUACUGUUCUGAACCAAUGGAUGCUUUUUUGCACUUAAAGAGAUGCAUGCUGUCAAAGCAAUAGAUUUCUAUACAUGUUAUUGGUUUGUCUGAGGAAAAUGUGUUGUUUUAAUAUAUUUGUACGUUCUGUACCAUCCUAGAUGAGUUUUUGUUUUUUAUUAAUUCAAUUUGUUUGAAAGUAAACGUAUAUAGUUGAUUUUCUUUCUUGAGUUAAUGUUAGAGCUGAAGAUACUAGAGCCUGACAUCGUUGCCAAUCUGAAUAUCGCCACAUAAAGGUUGAUAAAGGUGUAGUGUUAUUUUAUUUAACAUUUUAAUCUGUUAAAUACUAAGUGAGAUCUUGGUGAACAUUUUAAAAUCAGACUUUUAAUUUUCUGAAAAUGUUUCCCAGGUUUUUCCCUCGUUGAAAAAACACUUUUCACAUUCCUUGUUGAAAAUUAUAAGUGCCUGUCGCUUUAGAACCAGAUCGAAAAAAAUAUAUUGACCAACAGUUUAUUGUAGAAACAACGAAGAAGCCAAAUACUUCAAAAGGAAAGAUUUUUUUUCUCUGUAGCAGAUCACAAUGCAUUUGUAUGUAUGGAGUGUUGAAGUAUUUGGUAAACUACUUAAAGCUUCCUGUCCUUACUUCAAAUGCUGCUCCAUGUUUAUUCUAACCCUUAAGCAAUACGAGCCUUUUUAAAAUCUUGAUUUUCGACUAGAUGUUAUUCUGAUGGAGUUUGUUUUUUUAAAGAGUUGUAUAAAUCUAUAAAUGCGAUUAUUGGUAUUUCAGUGCACAAAUGGCAGCUUUAAUAUCUUCUAAGUCGGAGCAAAAUGUGAUUUUGUGUAUAUUCUGUGAGCAGCAGUAAGCACAGGAGAUUUAUUCAGUCUUUUAAAUUCUGUAUUAACAAGCUGCUGUCUGGGAGACUUUUCCACAUAAUGCAAAUCACAUGGCUCAGUGCGUUCUUGUUAAUUGGGAGGAAAGAAACAAUGAAAAGUGAAACACACGUUGGAAAAUGACUGACUUUACUAGACAUUUUCCAUCUCAGUUAAAUUGACAUUAUUUGGUAAACAGAAUCAAAUUUACAAAAGCAAUAUGGAAUACAGGAUUUGUUUUUUUUGCAUGACCCUCAUAUGGAAAAUGUAUUUCCUGAGGGUCCAUUUUCAACUCUGCCUUGCUUUUAGUUUUUCAUGAGAUUUCUUGUCAAUGGAAAUACAAAGCGACCGGAUGCUGAGCUGAGUUUAACAUAGGAAAUGUCCUUUGAGGUGCAGUUAUCAACAUUCUAGCAAGAUUGCCUUUUUGUGUUAUUUUAUUUGCCUGAAAUUAACCCAGUUCUUGUCUUGGAAUGUAUUGUUUAUUUCUUGAUACCAUUAACUGAAAUCCAAAGUGAAACAGAGAUUAUAUGUUUUGGGAAUGAAAAUAAUUUCCACGGCUGUUUAUUUUAAAUUAUUUGUGUUAUUGGAUAAAGAUCGUUUAUAUUUGAUGAA